UGUCCAGCAAGGAAAAAGGAAAGUUUGAAGAAAUGGCCAAAGGAGACAAGGCUCGUUACGACAGAGAGAUGAAAAACUACGUUCCUCCCAAAGGCGAGAAGAAGGGAAAGAAGAAGGACCCCAACGCUCCUAAAAGACCACCAUCUGCGUUCUUCCUUUUCUGCUCUGAACACCGUCCAAAAAUCAAAAACGAUCAUCCUGGCUUGUCUAUUGGAGAUACGGCAAAGAAGUUGGGAGAAAUGUGGUCUGAACAGUCGGCCAAAGAUAAACAGCCAUAUGAACAGAAGGCUGCAAAGCUAAAGGAGAAAUACGAAAAGGAUAUUGCAGCGUAUCGUGCCAAGAGCAAGAGUGACGCAGGAAAAAAGGGCCCAGGUAGGCCUGCAGGAUCUAAGAAGAAAGCAGAACCAGAAGAGGAAGAGGAGGAGGAGGAAGAUGAUGAAGAGGAGGAAGAAGACGAGGAUGAGGAAUAAAUGAAUGUCCUGCUGUAAAGAUUUAUGCUCAAAAUCCAAUAUUUUGCUAAGAAUGUGAACUCAAGUGCAGCUCAUUGUUAGCUUCAGUAUAAAAAUGUGUACAGAAUUGUGUAUAGGUGAUGUGGUUCUUUGUAGGGAGACCCCUAUUUUUAAUGUCCGUAGUAGCCGAGGGCUGCUACAGCUCGGUUUAGAGAAAGAGAAGAAAAAGUUGUGGAAUGUUUCUGCGUAUUUAAUGGUUUUGUUGAAACUCAGUGACUGAUAGCCAGGUGUUUCUUUAUAGCUAAGUAAAAUAAAGGAGGUAGCUUAAUAGUUGAUCUUAUAUUUUGUAGUAUAUUGCAUUGUAUUACUUUUUUAACAAUUUUGUAAUAAAAUGUUGUACAU